GGUGUGCGUCGGAAAUAUUUUUAAGGUGUACAUUGGGCAUGCCCAGUGGGCAGGUAAACGAAUGAGACUUAUCAGACCAUCACUGCAGCUUUUAUCAUCAACAGCUGAAUAUUUUGGCGUUUGUGACUUGUAAACAGUACCAAGCGAAACUAUUAAACAGGUCAUCGAAACUACCAUUUUAAUCGUCUGAAGCUUGCCCUUGGGCGACAGAAAGACAAUGUUUACCUCCCAGACGUCGUCGUUCCAAGAUUCAAUCGACGUGGAGGACAGAGAUGAGUUUGAUUCUGAAGAAAUCACCGGCUACAGCCAGAAGACUCAACUGUACUGCUACUACACCAUCUAUCUUUAUCAAGGCUCGAGAUCUGAAGCUUCUGAGGAAAAUGUGGCAUGGAACCAGAGACGUGCAGACUCCACAACAACUCAGGAAGACUUUAGCCUGACUCUGGUUGACAGCAGCCUGCCAUCAGAGGCAGAACCAGAGUUGUGGACCUAUAUUUCAAGAAGGCUGAGCAAAGGAGCUCUUCUUGGAGGCAUGGGCAACAUUGCUACAGUUGAGCUUAGUAUUCCAGAGCAGGCAGUCGGCUGCUACUGCUGUCUCCUAGAGCAGGAAAAGUCCCCGGAACAGCCAGAUGCUGAUGGAAACGGAUACGUCAUCUGCUUCUUGGGGGGCUCGGAGAAAGGACUGAACUUAUUUCGAUUGGAGCUUGACAAAUAUGUGCAGGGACUGCAUAGCAGCCUUCAGACCCCAGAGCUGCAGAAUCUGGAGACAGAGGUGCGUCCCUAUCUGAGCCGGUGGUAUGAGGAGUCGGUGAUGCACAUUUAUCGAGUCGUUCAGCUGGUCCAGAACAACAUCACCUUUCUGCUGCAUGCUGCUUUGAGUCACACACAUGUAGAAGUCAUCAAUUCGGAUGAGAAGACAAAAGCUGAUGUGUCUAGGUUCAUUAAAGCAGCCAGUUUGCAGGGCCUGUCCCAGCAGGAGACCACAACUGCCUCUCUGUGCAAAGCCAUGUCAGAGGACACGCAGUCUGACCUUGUGAUCGACUGCUCCACCAGCCCCCCAACGUUCACCAACACAGCUACUAAUCGCUUCUGCGAUGAAUGGAUUCAGGCUUUUCUAAACGCAGCAGAGCGUUGCAACCCUUUUCUGCUUCGACAGAUACUAGAGAACUUCAAACUUAAGGCCAUUCAGGACAUGAACAGCCUGAAGCGCUUUGUGAGGCAGGCGGAGAUGAGUCACUACGCCUUGUUUCGGUGCUGCCAGUUCCUCCAGACCUGCGGAAACGGCGACGUGUUGCUGCAGAACGCCAGAGCGGAGCACAGCGAUCUGCCCGAAGCCUGCAACAUCAUCACCGUUCUGGAGGAGUUCCUCAGCGAGCAGAACCAGGCCUGAGUCUGACUCCAGCGUAACUAAGAAAAGUCAUCGGUGGGCAAGUCCAUCAAAAGUAUUAUGUGACGUCGAACCAUAGAUUCAGCUACUGCUGUCAUAAAUGUAACAUACAAAUCACAUUAUUUAUGCUGGUGCUGCGGUUUCUACUAAGAUUAAAGAGAAAAAGCUGUACUGUAAUAAAAAAAGUAGCAUCACUACACUGAGAAAUAUAUUGAUUAUGAUUGAGGGAUAGAAAAAUAGAACUUAAGUGGAUCAUAUCUUCAGGGGUAAAAAACAAAACUGGAUAUUUUAGAGCUAAAUGUCUAGUUUCUAGUUGUAUAGUUUGUGCUCAAAACCAAAUAAGUCUGACAGUAACAAAGAAUUAGAUAUACUCUAUCUAAAAUCCAAAUUGCAUGUUACUUUAGUUUUCACCUACUUUUCAAGCAUCUCAGACUAAAUGUGCACUAUCAUAUCUGUUUUUCAACAUAUAUAUAUAUUAGUAACCUGUUAAUAAAGUUGUAUUCAUGUCUAUUCUAAUCCUGCUAUGUUGUAGAUAUGUUGUGAUGGUGUUUUUUUCUUCAUGAAUUCAUUCCUGUUUACAUUUAACUCGUCAGGUAGUAAACUGUGGAACUUUUCACUACAUUCAGCAAAUUAUGCUUCUGAAUGCGAGAACAUUAAAGUGUAGAACAACAUUAAAGGAUAUACUCAUAUUGUAAAUAACAUUCUUUUCUCUUUGUACAACAGGGUUUUCAUUUUAUUUCACUCCAUAAGAUUAAUAUUUCUGGCAUUAAGCUCAAAUCAUUUUCUUUCAAUUCAGUCCAAAGUAUAAAAUAGAGCAAUAUCAUGUUGGUGUAUAUUUUGUUGUUGUGACCCAGGUGGGAUGUCAGAAUAUAAUAUAACGGAUGCAAUAUAUGUGUGUGUUGAGCACUUCCUCUGUAAUUACACAUGACUGUGAGACAUCCUGUAUAGUUUGAACUCAAAUAAACUAAAAAUUGGGCUUUGUUGUUGUGUAAACAUA